UCUAACGAGCACCGGGUGAGAGCGGAGAGCAUUUCCACGGACCGAUUCAUAAGAACUCGAGCGAGCGAAAGUGGACGUGCUUUUUUCUCGCGUGCGCGCAUCGCUUCGGACGGACGUAUUAUAUUUAUUUUCUGCAUACACGCUUGCUCUUCGGCAACUAAAAGAUCUAAAAAAUUGUACCGGUGGUUUCCGAUACGCCUACAAAAUAUACAUAUAUAAUUUUUCGUCGCGUCGAUAACCAAUUAAACGUUACUGAAGAAAUAAACACGGGGAAUUGUUUUAUACAUAUAUAGUGCGAAGAGAGCGCGGCACACUGUGAUGUGUGAUGCGCGUCAUAUGUCGUCACACGGACGAAAAAAAAUUUGAAAAGCGGUGCUUUCGGACGUGUAUCCUCGAUGAACGAGCACCGUGAAAUUUUAGUGCUCCGGACCUCGAAUCUGUCAGCGGCAUGUGAUCGUGCACGAGAGAAAGGAAGAUAAAUCGCGCGCGAGUUCCGCACGCGAUCUCGAGCUAACCCCGCUUUAUAUUUUUUUGAUAUCGGUUGCUGCGGUUCGCGGAGUGAUCAUAAAAAUUGGAAACGCUGUUUUCUAAGCCGUGUUCCCGGACAAUUGACGUUUUCGUGAGAUUGUAAAUCGGGCGAUGUUUCGCGGGGAUUAUUGUUUCGACACAUCGAGCUGUGAUUCCACGCGAUUACUCCCGGUCGAACGAUAGUUCCCCUCCUGUAGUGACCACCUCCUCCCCGCCCUAGUUUGUGCAGAUGUAUCGCACGCUAUCUGACAGGAUGCGCGUAUCGGCGGACCGUGAAUGACUAUUACUACUUGAAGCGAUAAUCCCGAAAUGCUGGCGUUGCCGCGGGACAGAUUCGGUUUCGCAGUGAUGAUGACAGCGGUUCGCGCGAGCGAAUCAUAAGCACGAUCCGGGAGGAAGUAAAUAAUUGUAUGAUUUAAGCCCGUUUAUAAGCGACAAUGAAAGAGAACGAGGUGUGAGAGGAACAACCGUAUUAGCCUCAAUAUAAGACUUUUCUUUUCAUAACGGAAGGUGUCAAUAAUAGAGGGGGAGAUUUGUGAUUCUGACAGAAUCAAUUUUGGUGAAAUUGCACGAAGAGGAGAAGAACGGAGGGGAGCGAGUGAUUCGACGACCGAGGACCGUCGAGGGGAAAAAGGAAGCGAGCGAGGCGUCGAAAAAUAAGGCGUGCGAAAACACAUUUUUCGGAGGGCACCUCGCGGGAUACUUCACAGUGUUUGCGGCCGUACACAAAACAAAUAAACACAAUAAGUGCCGCUACCAAAUUUGGGAACAGAGAUGAGUUGAGGAUCGACUAUACGAUGUUGAGUCGUCUUUCGGCCGUGGUGGCCUCCAUUUUGGUUCACCAAAUACAUCUUCUGUGCACCGCCAAUACUGUAGGUGUGAAGCAGUUUCCGGGAUACGAAAACUUACCACGUUCAUUUUGGCAUGAACUUAGUUCACCUUUCACGGAGGUUUACGAAGUGGAGAAUUUCGUGACUGAAACAGGUGGCACGCCUGAACCGAGGCCGUUUUUCGAGGAUCCAGAAAGCAACGUUACCGUGCAGCUCGGCGCCGAGGUCUACAUGCACUGCAGGAUACAAAAUCUACAAAAUAAUCUUAAGGUGUCUUGGGUGCGUAGACGGGGAGGAGACGAAUUGCACUUACUCACCAUCGGUCUGGACACGUACGCGAGCGACUCCAGAUUCUCUCUGGCCUUUGAGAAACCUAAUGACUGGCGAUUGCUUCUACGCUCGGCCACGGAGCGCGAUGCCGGUCUCUACGAGUGUCAAGUCAGCGCCCAUCCGCCAUUAAUCAGAACUGUCCAUCUAGCGGUGUCAGUGCCGAAGGUGGAAAUAGUCGAUGAGCAUGGUGCCACAGCCGGUGACAAGUUCUACAAAGCAGGCAGUACAAUAGAGUUGAAGUGUGUAGUCAGCAAUAUACCGCAACCUACUGGCUAUGUCACGUGGCGACACGGAUCCCGUACAUUGAAUUACGACACGACUCGCGGUGGUAUCAGCGUCAAGACGGACAUGGGCGCAGCCGGUGCGGUAUCUAGGCUCUACAUUGCGAACGCGAAUAAAAUGGAUAGCGGUAACUACAGCUGCGCCUUAGCGGACGUAGCAGCAGCCACUAUGGUGUCCGUCCACGUACUAAACGGAGAGAAUCCAGCCGCCAUGCAACACGGCGGCACUUCGGCCCCGAGAGCGACCUUUAUCUUCACCGUUGUGAUAUCACUAUCGUCGCUUCUAAGGUGACCAUGAUGACCCCAGUGCGUUUUGAACCUGCGAUUCGAAUGGUGCUAACUUUCUCACCUUCUCCCUACGGAAACUCGUGCGCACUCGGAGUGUCCUUCCGGAUAUACGGACGGAGAACUUCGAGAACAUUUGAGCCGCUUCGCUCCUUUUGCAGGAAACCGCAUGGCAAUUGGCGCGAGAAAAUUGCAACGGAACACGGAUAUAUAUAUUCUCACGCACGGGACACGAACACGUAUGUGCGAGACAGAGACGUGUCACAUCCCCCUUCGUGAAUCCCCGAUCGUGAAGCAACUUUCGAACGAGUAGCUUCGCUAGAAAGAAGCACCAUCUCGCAAUUUCGGCGCGAGACGGCACGCGUAUCAGUUUCUUCGCAGACAUUUCUGAGUAUCUCACGGAGAAACUUGACUAAUCGCUUCCAACUACGAUCGAUGUACAGGAGAUUUAACGACGGAAUAGGGUUCGCGCUUAAGAGAACACGCGCGCUGCGAAUUUCGGGAAAGAGACGAACAGAAACUUUUAAUCUCCGCCUCGUUUGCGUGCGUGCGAGUGUGCGUGUGUGUGCGUGUGUGUGUGUGUGUGUGUUCGAGCUCCUGGUAUUAACUAAUGUGCGGACGCGUUGUUUUAUUGCGCGCGCGUUGUUUAAGCGCGUGCUCAAAUGCGGAAUCGUUGAUUUAAAAAAAUUCCGUUCAUGUGAUAUAAAUACGUAACGCGCGUGAAACUACUAUAUAUAUAUAUAUAUAUAUAUAUAUAUAUAUACACA